UGGGCAGGGUUCACCCACACGACAGGGUCCCAGGGAUUCCUCUCUCGUAUAGGACAGGUUGCACCCGGCGGCACGGGGGCAGGCGCGGGCCUCCUACUGGUUGCGCUCUCCUAGUUCUCCUGCUCCUGACAAGGGACAGCGACAGGCUCGCAGCACCGUGGACUCCCUAUUCCACUGGCGAUCUCUCUCGACUAGCGACCUUCCUCCGGCUUCUCACCAGCAGUCUCUCACUACCACGGGCACACUGACAGAGGCGGCCAAAAGGCUCACGUGGGUGGCAGGGCGGUGAUAGGAGUCUCCCACUCUGUGGGCUUCGCUAGAGGUGCGGCCCCUGCGCGUGUCCUCGCCCUUGGUGUGUGUGUGUGUGUGUGUGUGUGUGUGUGUGUGUGUGUGUGUGUGUGUGUGUGUGUGUGUGUGUGUGUGUGUGUGUGUGUGUGUGUGUGUGUGUGUGUGUGUGUGUGUCUGCGGGCGCUGUGCGAGCCGCCCUGAACGACCACAAUGUUGAGCGCGCUCGAGCACCGAAGCACCGCGAGCGCCGGCGAGCACCACCGCCCCGCGCCUUGGCGUGGGUCGGUAGUACACGAUGCGGCGCCCAGCAGCUCUAUCAUGCGUCGCACCCGCAGUGGCCGAGCCGACCGCCGCUCGAACUGGCGCCGAGUGGCUCCCAGAUCGAGCGUGGCAGGCUCAGUCGCACCGUCGCGGGGCGAACGCGAACCGAGCCGUCGCCGUUCGCCGCAGCCGCCGGCCGCCAGCCGUCAGCCGUACAGCCGUACAGCCGUCAGCCGUCAGCUCGCAGUCGCCGUCGCUGCCGCCGCCGCAGCAGCAGUGAGCGAGCUCCUGCGUCGUGUUGCCGACGCAGUGUGGACGCGCGCCGCCCAGCGGCGAGCGAGCGUGCUCGGAGUUGGGUCGGCGCGCGCGCGGGCGGACGGCGCCUGUAAACAGACAGCCUGCACCGCCCACGUUACAGUGGUGUCCGGCCGGCGCGAUCACCGAGCUGUGACGCUCAGGGAAGCCUGAUGAGGUGCUGGUU